CGCAAGCGCAUGUCACAACCGUGGAGGCGAGAUAGGCGCGGCGUCAGGAGCGACGUGUACUCACAGACAGCACAAGGUCUGUUCAUUCACCAAGCGGCAUCAUUCUGUAGCCUAAAAAACGACUGGAAGAAGCCUAGCCAUGGAUUUCACUGGAAAGAACCAUUUCUAUGCCAUUGACACAUGGUUAAACUCUGCAGUGGAUAAACUAUUUGGAGAGAGAGAUCCGAGAGUACGAGGUUGGCUGCUAUUGGACUCCUGCACACCGACUCUGGUCCUCACCUUCAUCUACCUCCUGAUAGUCUACUUGGGACCGAAGUACAUGAAGAACAAGACGGCUUACUCUCUGAAGAAUGUAUUGCUGUUAUACAACUUCGGUGUCACCAUGCUUUCCUUCUACAUGCUGGUGGAGCUUAUUUCAGCAACCUGGUCGGCAGGCUACAAACUGAAAUGUCAAGGGCUGUUCGAUGCAGGGGAGGGUGACAUCAGGGUAGCGAAAGUGUUGUGGUGGUACUACUUCUCUAAGCUAAUUGAGUUUCUUGACACCAUCUUCUUCGUACUAAGAAAGAAGAACAAUCAGAUCACCUUCUUGCAUGUGUAUCACCACGCUUCCAUGUUUAACAUCUGGUGGUGUGUUCUCAACUGGAUCCCCUGUGGACAGAGUUUCUUUGGACCCACACUGAACAGCUUCAUCCAUGUGCUGAUGUAUUCAUACUACAGCUUGUCCACCAUUCCCUCCAUGCACAGAUACUUGUGGUGGAAACGCUAUCUGACACAAGCCCAGCUGGUUCAGUUUAUAUUAACUAUAACACACACAUUAAGUGCAGUGGUUUUCCCCUGUGGUUUUCCUCUGGGCUGCCUGUUCUUUCAGUCCAGCUACAUGGUUACACUUGUUAUCUUGUUCAUCAACUUUUACAUGCAGACAUACAGAAAAAAGCCAUCCAGAGAUGACAAAGCUAGAGAGAUGAUGAGAAACCAUAUAAACGGAAUUUCAUCCUGUGUUAAUGGAGCUAAACAUAAGCUGCAGUGAUGACAAAUCAUAACUCUUCAAAAAUUUAUCUUUCAUGUUGACUAAUCUAAUAGCAGGGAUAAUCCUCUUUAAUUGUAAUAAUGUAAUUGUGCUUUUUAUAUAGAGUACUGUUUUUAACCUUUUGUAUUAUGCUUUUGUUUGUUCCUCUCAAGACUUGACAGUGUUAAUGAUUGUAGUGCUGUACUGUACCUCUGUAUAGAAGUGGUACACUCAAUAUCUUGGGCAUUUGGAAAUAAUCUCAAUAAUAUAUUGAGAGCCUGGGAAAUUCUAUAAUCCAAAAUUACACAUUUCCAUCACUAUCAAUUGUGACUCAAAACCACGUUCAUCUAAGGUUAUACACAGUCCAGAUUGCUUUCAUUCAGAACAAUUUACAAACACAUUACCAUUAUUAUAAUGCUUGGCUGACCACCACAAUAAUAUAGUGAAUUCAAUCAGUGGACAAAAGACCUGUCCGGGAUCAAAUUUACAUGUUGUAAUUUCCUGGGUUACAGGUGCUCCUCUGUGACUUUAUUACCACCCAGAUUGGCCAUUUUAGUAUUUUUCUCUGUCCUCCUCUAAGAAAAUAACAGGCCAAAUUACUGUUUUUCACCAAACACAGUGGUUGUCUGAUAAUUUUAUUCUUAAUUAUUAUAAUUAUUAUGUCUGGAUGCACCCGUCUAUGCAGAUGUUGCUUUGGAAAAAUAAGUGUUAGUUAGUCUCAUAGUGCACAUAUCAGUGACCCUCCCCCAGAUAUUAAACACUUAAUGAGUCGUGAAACAAAAAAUGGAUGCUUCUCAUAUACUUUGUAAUUAUUGUUUUAUUGUAUUUUCAAAUUGUUGCUGGAACUUUGGUUCAUCCCAAAGUGAAAUAAGAGCCAGCGUCUCUUCUCUACUCCAGUGCCUCUACAACUGCUUGGACACCAUGUUGUGAAUGUAGCAUGAUCAUUUGACCAUAUGGUGCAAACAUACAGGCUCAUAGAAAACACAACCCGCUAGAAACUGACUGCUCCUGUGGUAAUUUUAUUACUGUGCGGAUGCGAGAUUUUUAGCACUGAGGAAAUAAUUGAAACAUUGAUUACCAACGUCUUCCUAAACUAAUUCUGUCUGAAUAGAGCCAAAGAGUUCUUUUGGACUACUGCAACAUGAGUUGAAUGUAUGUCCAGGCUGUGCAUACAUUCAUAAAGACUUCAGAUAUUUCAAAAACACAGUGCCUUGCAGAAGUAAUCAAAAUGUCUGGUAUUGAUUUUAAUUAAUUUGCUCCUAUCAUAAUCAUAGAUAUUCAAAACUCAUUUAUGAAAAAAUUACAUAAAUCACAAUGGUGUUUAUAUUGCCUUUUUGUAACGCAAGCCCCAAGAACGUAACUACCUUUACUUUGCCUGAACAUUGCCCUGAUUGAUCAAUGUCCUGGUGAAAUGUAAUUUUUGUUUUAACUCAGAUAUAAUUAUUCAUUGUCUUUCAGGAAACUGAAGCAAGGUUUCAUGCUGUACAUACACAGUUAUACCUACAUAUCUUACUUCCAUUUUAGCACUUUGCAAACAGAACAGAUUACUAGCAGUUGUUGCAGUACAUUAAAUAUCAUAAUUAUUAAAUUAUUUGUAGACUAGAAUAUCGAGAAUAUAAAAGGUAUAAGAUUUCAAUUUCAUGGUAGAGAACAAUAUCAGUAUAUCACACCCUAAUGUCACUGGUUUUAAAAAUGACUAUCAAUACACUAUUUAGUGUUCUCCCUUCAUUUCAUACAGACCUGAGCUCUCCUACUUGUAUUUAGGGCGAACAGUGUACUGUAUGAUUUUUUUUUUUUUUUUUGCCCUACAUACCUCAUCAUACACAAAUUAUUUGGCUCUACAUUUUAUAAAGAAUGUUGGACUAAUUCUAUUUGUUGUAGCAAAUUUUACUUUCUCUUGAUCUUUAAAUUCAAUCAGUUAGUUUCAAAUCUGUGAUUCUGUAAUCUAUUCUCUAAAAAUAAAGUAGUAUUUGUCAAAUCAAUAAUUUCUUGAAUUUUAUAAUGGGUAAAGUGCAGACCUUCAGGAGUUUGUUCACUCCUAAUACAAAUUCUUCUACAAGAGAUGUUCAUAUUUCACCACAGGAAAGGCUCUGAGACAGGAGCACUAUCAUACCAGAUUUGAUGCAAAGUCACAAAUCAUGUCACAAAUCAUGGAAGUUUUCUCUUUGAGUUUGUUUUUUUUUAAAGCUUAUUGUGCUACAAUGAAUAUAUAUUUGGAGAGUUUAUAGUCUUUUUCUGCAUUCAGAAGCUAAAUUAUAGUUGUGAUGUUUUAAACAGUGGUAUUUAUGAUAGAGAUAUGGUAUGGUAGAAACAUGUUAAUGGGGCAUGCCUGUCCUGCAAUAACACUCAAAUUAGUCAAGUUAUUAAAGCAGAAUAACAAAAACAAAUGCAAUGCACAAAUGUAUAUCCCUAUUUCCAUCUUAACUGCUGUUGUAAUCCUUCUUUAGUUCAAUUGAAUUUUGUUAAAUGACCUUCUGGAGGCUUGUGGAAUCAAGAAAAAGAAAACUAUGUUUCGAGACAACUAUGUUUCAGGAGCUAAACUUUCUCAGAUGAUGUUUGCAUCUAAUGUUACUCCCUUUUUAGUGGAAUAAAUGAUAGACAGUGCUAUUUACAAACAUACAGGAGCAAUGAAUAUUUUAAUUUAGCUACAUUCAAAUUGGGUUUUAUUUAGUCAAAUAUGAACUAAUACACCUAUUCUUGACAAUUAAGGAAAUUACUUUCAGUGUACU